AUGUUCGGCACGCCGCAUUACCCGGACGUUACCAGGAAGAGGGGACGCGACGACGACGAGGACCUGCACAACGGCACCUUGAGCUUCGGUGAACACAGAAAUCUCUGGUCUACGCCCAUGGUGCCCCUAAGCUCCGUUCCCUGCACCCUGACACCGGGCGACUCCGAUUCGGAGGAGCUGCCGGCCUCGCGCUUUUCGCCCUGGUCCUCGUCCCCGGCGCCCAUGUCCUGCCAGCCCUCACCAUUUGGUCUGACCGAGUCCGACCGUGACAUGGACAUGAUGGAUACAAUGUCGCCGCCGCCUGUGCCGCAGCCGCAGCAGCAGCAGCAGUACCACCACAACCAGCACACCCACGCCGACCACCACGCCUCGGGCACUGGCCGCAUGCCGACACCCAUCCAGCCAAACUUUGCUGCCCAGGUCCGGGGUGGCGCCUGGGGUGGCCCGGGUCCCGCAGUAAGCCAUCUCAAUGGCGUAGUGAAUAUGGGCCACAUGCACGCCGGCUUCACACCCGACCAGUCCCGCUGCAUCCCACGCACUAUGGAGGGCACCGACGACUGGCACGCCGUCCAGAAUCGCCGUUUGCCGUCCCCCAUCAGCGAAGGUGAGGACUCGAGCAGCCGCGCCGCCAGCGGAAGCCUGAGCCCCCCGGGCAUGAUCCUUGACAACGGGUUCCCUUCCAACCUUACCAUGCGCCUAGAGCAGUCAUCCCUCGACGGUCGAUUCCACAGCGACGCCGGCAUGAUGGACAUCGAGGAUCACGCACACAUGAUGAGCGACGACUCGAUCACCACUACGGUAGACGCCAUGCCCACCGAGACCACUUCGGCGCCCGCCACCCCUUCGCCCGGCCGCAAGGGUCAUAUCCGCUCUAGGCACACGGUCAAUUCGUGGACCUGGCAGCCCGGCAUGAAGAAGAGCUUAAGCAUCGGCUAUCGUGCCGACUGCGAGAAGUGCCGCCUUAAGGUCCCGGGCCACUUCAACCACAUCAUUGUCUCGUAG